AUGAACUUGGAGGCCCUGGACCCGGAGCAUGCUGCCUACUUGGAGGCCUUCAGCUUGUGGUGCUUGCGAACUCGUGGGGGGCCAGCCGAGGUCUUCAGGGAAAUCGACUUGGAGGGCACCGGCACUGUGAGCCAGAGCGAGUUUGUUCAUGGUCUUACAGCGCUUGGCUUCUUUGACGACGAGUCUGUCCCAGAGGGCAUCGGAACAGAGGAGCUUCUCGUCAAGAACUUGUAUCCCUUGAUUGUGACUGGUCACUGCAUUAGCAUCGAUGACCUCCUUUUCCUCGAGAAGGACAAGGUCAAGCGGGCGAAGAUUAUCCGCCAGCUGCAGCGUAUACGAGACCAGGGUAUCGAGGCUGGGCCCGAGCCCCUACGCAACGAAGGGCAGCGCAUGCUCUUCAAGUUGUCAAUGUCCACAACACAGCUGGGAGGCAAACACUGGAAAGGCGUGAAGUCCAAAGUGGCUCGCGGAGUUGGGAGCAUGCCCGGCUCCCCAAACUUCCGGCCGAACCUCACCUGGAUUGAGCAUAUCUCCUUGGCCCGGGCUCCGAAAGCCAGGGAGAUGCCAGGGAGGCCCUUGUCGCGCUCCUCGCCUUCCUUGCCGCGGCUGCCUGCGAGAGCCUCCACGUCACCUUCGGGGCCUCAGAAGUCGCGCAACAGUAGCGUGAUGCUGGAUCCCUUACCUGCACCGCUGACGGUCCCAAUGCUGCCUUUGUCGGAAUUGCCGCUGCUGUUCACGGACGGCACCCAGCGGAAGGGCGCCAUGCGUCACAGGAGGUCGCCAGCCCUGGCGAAGAGCGUGUCCUUUUCAGAAACGAAGCUGAACAAACGGCGCGUUGAAAUGUUGGCUGCGGUGGCCGUCCAGGCUUGGUCUCAGAAUUCCGACCUGAAGCCCCUGAAGUCUGAUGCGUUUCUGGACCAGUGUCUGCUUACUGGCCUUAUGGAUGUUGGACCCGAAGAGCUGGAUACUGAUGGGCCGAUGUUCGACCCCCUGGGCUUGGACGAGGAGGAAGAGGUAUUUGAGAAGGGCCUCUUUGACCUGUCCAUCAACAACGGUCGCUUGGCUUUGCUCGCAGCUGCGGCGCGCAGCGGAGACGAGCCGGAGGACGACGUGGACGAGGAGGAGCUUCUCAUGAGCCUCUGGUACUUGAAGAAGCGGCGGGGCUACCACAGCUUUCCGACGCGCGUCAAGGCCCUGCAAGAUCAGCUGUAA